AUGAACGCCCUCCACCCGAUCGAGCUAGCCAUUCUCAACCCCACCCGAGCUUCCCGUCUCCAAUACGAAUAUUGCAAGUCGAGCGGACACCGCAAGAAAUGCGACUGCUCGACAUGUGCGCUCAAACGUCGCCAUGCGAAUGCCGCAGAGCUUGCGGCCCAGGUUGUCCAAGCUAGUCACCAGGACGUUCGUCAACCUGCGCCCGACACGGUCAAGAACCGUCAGCCCGUUGCCCUCGCUCCCCCCUCGUCCUCGACUCCCCGGCCACGAUUUCUCUUGGGUCUGUUUGAGCCGGCAUCCACCCUGUCACGGAUGCUCCGCCUGCUGUCCAAGACAUGA